UGGCCCAGUGGAGAAUUAGGGUGCGCAGUCCAGUUGCCCUCCCAUUGAAAGUCAUGAAACUCAUCUUCUCAAUUAAGCAUGUCCACUUACCGACCACCUCACUGUCUAAGACAUAGGAGAUGAUGCUUAAAAGCAUCCGUUUCCACCUGGAAAUCGACAAACCCAGCCUCGAUAAUCCAUUCCGUCGCCCUGACCAUCACUGAUAACUCAGCCUCAUCACUGGAGCUGGCUUGAAUUACAAACGUAGCUGUACACAACAAAUCUCCCUGUUGAUUCCUAUGAAUCGCGCCACCCGCAGCUCUGUCUGGUUUCCAAGUUAAUUCAAGAUCAAGGCCAAAUAGAGCACAGAGAAGAAGUUGUAUCAUGAAUAUGACAGAUUCUGCGCCGAAUGGGAGAGUCAGUAAUCUUGGGUUGCAUAUUGUUACCUCUAGGAUAUCUCGCAUGAAUAAAAGAAGACCACGGAGAGGCCUCCCUCUUGAGUAGGGUAACACAGUUUGCUCCAACUAGACCAGUGCAUCUUUUGCUUCCCAUUUGAGGAUCCCCAAAAGAAAGCUGACAUUUUGUUUUCAAGAAUCCUCACAACCGAGCUUGGAAGUGUAUCUGCAGCUAUGAUGUGCAAAGGGAUAGAAUUUAGAACAUGCUUAAUCAGGAUCAGCCUCCCUUCUUGAGAUAAGUUUUUCUGCUUCCAAGUUGUUAACUUAGAGUCAAACUGAGCAAUAAUAUCACCACAAUAUUGAAUCCUAUUUAUUCCUUUAUGAAGAUUAACCCCUCAAUACUUCACUGGAAGAUUAGACCUCUUCAUGCCCAGUAGUCUUUCAAUAAUCUUGCUUCUGGCUGUAGCAUUUUUACCACAAAUAAAUUAACUUUUAUCCAAAUUCACUGUUUGACCAGAAGCUUUUUGAUAAGAAUCCAAAAAUCUAUUAAAGUUCAAAAGUGAUCUUGAUUGACCAUUAAUGAAGAUUAAAAGAUCAUCUGCAUACCCAAGAUCAGAAACAGGAUAUCCAAUUUCACCCAUCCAAUAAGGCAGAAUAUAACCCUGUUCCAUUUGUCUUUUUAAACCCCUAGAAAAUGCUUCAGAUGCAAGAAUAAAGAGAAAUGGUGCAAGUGGAUCCCCUUGUUUGACCCCCUUUUAGGCUGAAAAUAUCCUUGAGGAGUUCCAUUAAUCAAAAUAGAAAAGAAAGUGGAUUUCAGAUUUGAGAUAAUGAGUGAAACAAAAUGAUCUGAAAAUCCAAAUUUGAUUAGUUAUUAGUAUUUCCUGCUGGAAUUCCCAUGAGUUUACAAAAGCUUUGGCCAUGUCCACCUUGAUAACAACAUUUGUACCUCGAGUCUUUUUGUCAAUAGAAUUGAUCAUUUCUUGAGCAAUAAGGAUUUGCUCAGAAAUAUGCAUAAACCCCACCUGCUCCUGGGAAAUCAGUUUAGGCAGAAUUCUGAAAGUCUAGUAACAAUGACUUUAGUACAAAUUUUGCUUAUAAAAUUUAACAGACAAAUAGGUCUAAAGCCAGAGAAGGUAUUUGGAUUUUCUUUUUUUGGGAAUUAAGGCCACCAGAGUACUAGAAAUUCCUCUUGGUGGAGGGAUACCCAAGAAAAACUCUUGCACUGCUUUUACAACAUUUGUCUCCACGAUUGACCAACACUUCCUAAAAACUUUCCAUUGUAGCCUUCAGGACCCGGGGCACCAUUCUGAUUGAGCCCCCAAACGGCUAGCUUAACUUCUUCCAGGGAUGGAAUUUGCAUAAGCAUGAUAUUAUCCUCAUGAGUCACUAACUGUGGAAUAUAUUGCAGGAUUUCACCAGUAUCAACCUCAAUUUCUUUAGAAUAAAGAUCAACAUAGAACUUCUCAGCGGCUUUUCCAAUUUCUUGCAAUGUGUUAUAAACCUUGCCUUUAGAAUCCGUAAUGGAAUUUGUCUGCUGUUUCCUCCUUCUGAUUUUGACAUAAUUGUGGAAGAAAUGAGAAUUAGAAGCUCCUUCUUUAAGCCAUUUAACAUGACCUUUUUGCUUCCAAAAUUUCUUUUCAAGUUUGUAUUUAGAUAGUAAUAGGGAUUUCUUCUGGCACCAGUUCUCUCUAUUACCCGCAGAUGGGACCUCCUCAAACUCUGUUUCAUCGUUAAGAACCUCCUCUUCACAUACUUUGAUAUCCUCAAAUAUAUUCCCAAAUGUCUUUUUGUUCCAUUCUCUUAGAUCGUUUUUCAAUCCUUGCAAUUUGGUCACAAGUCUUCAUUACACCACCAGUAUGAUGCCUUUCCUAGCUUUUUGCAACUGUGCCUAAAAAAUCAGGAUGUGAGAGCCAUGUUCUGAAACUUAAAAGCUUUAGGACAAUGAUCAGAAGGAGCUCUAUUAAGAUGAUUAAUAGAGAUCUGUUCUAAGGCAUCAAAUGAAUUUAUUAUUAAAUAAGCACCGAUCUAAUCUUCUCCAUAAACGACCAUUAGAUCUCACCCCAGUCCACAUAGACCACUUAGGUCCUGUGAAAGGUAGUUCACAUAGACCACAAAAAGCAAUACAUUCAUUAAAUUCCGCCAUCUGCUUAAGAAAAUUCCAAAAAGGUCUUCUAUCAUUAACUGUCUUUUCUUUCAGUAAUAACACCAAAACGCAUCAUUCAACUCAAUAGUGUCUGGCACAAUGUAGGAAUGAAGAAGUGUAGAGCAGCAAAACCCACUACAAGCAAAUUCAUCGAGAGAAGUCAACCGUUGACAUUCUUACAAAUAAUAACAAUUUACCCAACGAAAACAACUGAGGCAUACAAUCUAUGGUCCCAUUAAUGCAUACAGCUGAAGGGAGAGCAGGAGCGCAUCCAAUAAUAUACUGGAGAAACUACUACAUGGCAAAGAAGUUUUUUCACUGAACCCUACAGGCCAUGCGGAAUAAAUGUCUGUCCAACAGAGCCUUCGGACAUAACCCUUCUCACAUUGCACUCAAACAACUUCAGAUUUUCCCUCACAUUGCUCAUGCCUUUAUUUCCUCUUUGCUUUUGAUUUCCUUUUCCGCUGCAUAUUAUACAUAAUACACAUAUAUAAAUACAUAUAUAUGUAUAUAUAAGGUGAAAUGAUCAAACACUUGCUAAAGAAAGAACUAGUUAUCAAAUACUCUGUAUGCUGUAAAAAUCAAAUUGAAUGAUUUAUCAGUAAAAACAUUUGCAAAUAAACACACAUCAUAAAAGAAAUUAAAGUGUUUCUUUACAGAUCAGAAAACUUUAGGAUAACUAAACUUUCAAAUUGAUGCAUAUAAAUGCAUUUGACAAAUAUCACAUUACAAUAAAUUAUAAAUAAAAUGGAAGGAAAAAACUAACCAUAGAUCCCUUUGAACUCUGUCCAUAUCCAGAUGCAAAUUCAGGUGAAAAUGCAAAUGAAUUUAUGGCUUCUUCCAAAGGUUUUACGGGAAUGGCAAAAUCAAACCCCGCAUGUUGGAAGGAAAUCAGCCCUACAAGUUGUCCAAUAGCAUCAAAUAUGGGACUAUCACGUCCUUUCAAUCCAUAAUUGUUUACAAAACUACACUCUGAAUUUACUUGAUUUUCAGUUGUAGCUCGCAAUCCACGCAUUUGAAGCAACCCUACAUUCUCACCUAAACUCACCGGAUUCACCAUUUCAACCAAGUCCUUCACCCCUCUAUAGGUAUAGGUCAAAUGCCCCACCAAAAGAAUGAGAGAUGUGGCAUUUCUAAGAUAAACCAUAACAUAGAAAACUUGCCCAACAUUAUCCUUUCCUAUUUCUGGCGCAAUUUUCCGUAAUUAGAUGUGUGAUGUUUGCCUCAAUGCGCCGGUUGGACUAAAGAAUAACACAAUGCACUAUUCUGGUAUGCUAAUUGUGCUCCAACAUAAUCUCCAUUUGCACUUCUGACAUUAAUUUUUGAAAUUUUUUCAUCACCUAAAUAACUAGUAAGAAUUAAUUCAUCUCGUCUAACACACACUAGUGUAAUACUCUUCUUCAGUUGUAUUAAUCUUCGGGUUUUCCGUUUGAUACAUAUCUUCUAAACAGUUUUUUUUGCAUUUUAUUAUAAAAACCAUUCAUUUGUGAACAACGUAAGAGUGACCGUGCUUCAACCCCAGAAGAAAUAAACUAUGAUGUCGCUAGUUAAUUUUCAUACUUAAUCAAGUGCGUUAGUGACCAACUAUAAACAAUAACAUGAGUAAGUAGCAUUUGAUAUUUCAUCUUAUGUGUAUACAUAUGCAUAAGAUGAAUUAUUAAAUACUACUUAAUAGCAUGAAAAUUAUUUCUGAUGUUACUGUUUGUAGUUGGUCACAAUCGCACUUGACUGAGCAUGAAAAUUAAAUGGCGUCAUCACAGUUUAUUUCUUCUGGCUUUGAAGCACGGUCACUUUUAAGUUGUCGACAAAUGAAUGGUUUUUUAUAAUGAAAUGUAAAAAACUGUUUGGAAGAUAUGUAUCACACCGAAAUCCUGAAGAUUUAAUAUAGCAAAAGAAGAGUAUUAUACUGGUGUGUGUGUUAGAGGAGAUGAAUUAAUUCUUACUAGUUAUCUGGGUGAUAAAAAAAUAUCAAAAAUUAAUGUUAGAAGUGCAAAUGGAGAUUAUGUUGGAACAUAAUUAGCUUACCAGAACACUAUAUUAGGUUAUGCUUUAGUCCAACCAUCGCUUCAAGACAACCAUCACACUUUUAAUUACAUAAAUUUUGCGCCAGAAAUAGGAAACGAUAAUGUUGGGCAAGUCUUCUAAGUUAUAGUUUAUCCUAAAAAUGCCACCUCUCCCAUUCUUUUAGAGGGACAUUUGGCCUAUGCCUAUAGAGAAGUGAAGGACUUUUGGUUGAAAUGGUGAAUCCAGUGAGUUUAGGUGAGAAUGUGGGGUUGCUUCAAAUGCGUGGAUUGGGAACUACAAUUGAGAAUCAAGCAAAUUCAGAGUGUAGUUUUGUAAACAAUUAUGGAUUGAUAGAGGGACGUGGUGGUCCCAUAUUUGAUGCUAUUGGACAACUUGUAGGGCUGGUUUCCUUCCAACAUGCGGGGUUUGAUUUUGCCAUUCCCGUAAAACCUUUGGAAGAAGCCAUGAAUUCAUUUGCGUUUCCACCUGAAUUUGGACAUGGACAGAGUCCAAAGGGAUGCAUGAUUAGUUUAUCCUUCUCUUUUAUUUACAAUUUAUUGUAAUGUGAUAUUUGUCAAAUGCAUUCAUAUGCAUCAAUUUGAGAGUUUAAUGAGGAUGUUUUUACUUGGACUAUAAUUUGUUGGUCUGAAUUGGUCUGGUUUCUUUGUAUUUUUAUAACUAUCCAAGUCUGGUCUGGGACAAAUUACAGUCUAAGUAAAAACAUCCUUAUCUUACAUGUUUCUGAUCCGUAAAGAAACACUUUAAUUUUUUUAUGAUGUGUGUUUAUUUGCAAAAUGUUUUUACUGAUAAAUCAUUCAAUUAGAUUUUUACUACAUACAAAGUAUAUGAUAACUAGUUCUUUCUUUAGCAAGUGUUUGAUCAUUUCGCCUUGUGUAUACAUAUAUAUGUGUAUUAUGUAUAAUAUGCAGCGGAAAUGGAAAUCAAAAGCUAAGAGGAAAUGAAGGUAUGAGCAAUGCGAGGGAAAACCCAAAGUCUAUCUAUAUACAAAGCUAAGUGAAAAUAUUGGCCAAUUUCCCGCUCAAAACCGUCCCAUCAAAUAAGUCACAUGUUGCGUGUUGGAACUUCUAAUACCCGAUGGUUAACCCAGGGAAUGGAUAGAUGAUAAAGGUGUCUGUUUAAUUUUUGUUUAUACAGAGGAGGUCAAAAAGACUUCAAGAAAGAUGGCACAUGUUUCAAUUCCCUUGCCGAUUGUACAUCUGCAUCCACCAUUCUUUGGCCAUGGAUUGAUUGAAAGCAGGCCAGAGGUUUCCAGAGGAGGGCGUUAUUAGAGCUGAGAUGUGGUCAUCCAUUUUUAUGGGUAAUUGUCGCCAACAUCUCGGUGCGUGCUGCCCUUUCAGCGUUUGUGACCACUAGGAACGAGAUAGGAAUAGGCUAAGGAUAUUUGGCAGGGACAACUAGCAAUGACGUGUUCAUCAAUCGGCGAUUGGUGAUGUGUCACAGCUGCGACCACAUCCGAUUGUGCGCGUUCGAUGGCAAGUGGACGGGGAUUGUGUCCCCAACUUUGACGGAACUACUGUUUCAAAUACCUAGCCAGCCUUAAACUGCAGCAAAAGGUUAUUCAGAUGGUCAGAAACAGUCCUUCAUCGAUUCCUUGAGCUUCGGGAACCAUUUCAGUGACAUGGGCAACACACAGAAUGGUUGAGGAGUUAGCAAGACUACAAACAAGUUCUAAUCAGGUCCAGGUUCACUCAGCUUCAGGUCUACCAAAUUUAAGUAUGAAACUUUAAUUGCAAGCGUAGUACAUAUUACUAAAUGCAUAUGGGCUUGAAGAAGAAGAUGGAUAAGGUUUCUUUGGGUUUGGGGCUUCUGGUGCCAAUGCACGACCAGAUUAUUUUUGGACUAGAGAGGCUCACCUCAGCAGCUUGAAGAUGUGUCACCUACAUCUAUCAAUUUCUCAAUUUCAGAUGGAGAGUGAGCUAUAUUUUAUUACAGUUGCGACCAGAUCCAGCAAUGGAUGCUUGCACGUUCGAUGGUGAGUAGAUGAGGAUUGGGUCCUAGCGUCAGCAGAACUACAGUUUCGGCUACGCCAACCAGUUUAAACCACAACUGGCGGUUAUUCAAAUGGUGAGAGGCGGCCCUUUCCUUGACUAUCGUUCGAGCUUCAAGAACCGUUUCAACAACAUUCGCAAUACCAGGCAACACUCAGAAAAGUUGAGCAAGUUAGCAAGACUACAACCACGUUCCAAUCAAAUCCAGGGAACCCGGUAGGAGGCAGCGGCGGCGGUAGCUACUGUGGAUAAAUUUGAUGUUAUUAGCAAGGAGAAGUUGAUGUUCAUUUCUUUGUAUUCCAUGAUAUGGGGUGAAGAAAGCAGGUUUCCAAUUUCGGAGAAUCCUGAGCCUAAUUUGAAAGAGCCUAAGUUGUAGUAUUUGUUUUAAUACUAUGUAUUAAAUCAGCAUAGUUAUUUAAAAAGUGCGUAGUAUUAAUUUAACAAAUACGUAGUAUAUGAUUCUAAAACAAGAGUAUAUGUUCUUCAGCUGUCAAAUAUGAUUGUUCCAACAGAUUUUGUGUGGUUGGAUCAAGAUAUCUUAUCACCACUUGUGGAGAAGAAGCAACAAUAUAACUAUGAGACCAUGGACUUCUGGGAACAAAUCAAAACACCUGGGAUGUCUUUGAAGUGUUCCGGUCUCUACUUUUCUCAAUUUAGAUGCACAUCUCCCCUUCUUUUGGCAAGCGGGGAUGGCACAAAGAACAUGUUGAUCACUGACGAUGUUACAUUCACCCUUCUGUGAAAGUUCAUUGACUUCAAAGAUUGGUCCUAAUGUUUAGUAUUGGAUCUCGUGCAAGGCUCAUUGAUGGGGAUUCUCAAGGACUUUAGAACGACUCGUAUAAAUACCCAUUCGACUGAAUUGUCUCGUGCUCCACCCAAAUAUUUCACGCAGACUUUCUCCCCCAUAGGGUUUUCACGCCUCUGCUCUCGUACGUCUCGCCCAGCUCGCCUCUUCUGUCCCAGAUGGGUGAUUCACAAGGUAAUGCAAAAAAAAAAGGAUUAUAAAACUUGGACCAUAGAAGAGAGUAAUGUCUUGCUUCAGCUAAUGGUUGAAAGUGCCAAACUUGGCCUUCGUGAUAUAAAUGGUGUGAUAAGUAAACAAAUGGUAGAGACCAGACUCCUUCCUAAACUUAAGGAAAAGCUUGGUUAUGAAAUUAGUUUUAAUCAUUACCAAAGUAGACUCAAAUGGUUUAAAAAACAAUACUCCAAUUACUCUCAACUUAUGCGGCACAACUCUGGAUUCGGAUGGGAUGCAUCCACAAAGAAAUUCACUGCUUCCGAAGAAGUAUGGGCUGACUACCUGAAGUCACAUAAAGAACAUGCACACCUUCGAUCAGAAACUUGUCCGGACUAUGAGGAUCUGAGAAUCGCAGUGGGAAAUGGAACUGCAACUGGGAUGGGUGCAAUUGGUCUUGGUGAAAAUACAGAUGCUACAGUGUUAGGAGUAAUGGGAUUAAAUAUAUGGAUGAAAUAAUGGCCGAAGAUCCUAAAACAUUUAGAAAUGUAUACAGAAUGUAUCCUAACAUUUUUCAAAAAUUAUGUUGUAUCCUAAGAAACAAAACGCCUUUAAGAGAUACAAGAUAUAUUUGUGUUGAAGAAAUGGUGGCAACAUUUCUACUUAUUAUCGGCCAAAAUAACCGCUAUUGUCAACCAAGAAUGAUAUUUAAGCGGUCACACUUCAGCAUUAGCAGAAGCUUCAACAAAGUAUUGAAAGCGUUGAAUACAAUAGCUCCCGACUUUAUGGCCAAACCGGAAUCUGUACCACAUGUCAUAAGAGAGAGUACAAGGUUUUAUCCUCAUUUCAAGGAUUGCAUCGGAGCAAUAGAUGGCACUCAUAUUCCAGCAAUCGUACCUGGACGAGAAGUGAACAGCUAUCGAAAUCGUCACGGGACUAUAUCUCAAAAUGUACUAGCUGCUUGCAACUUUGAUUUGCAAUUCAUAUAUGUGCUUAGUGGUUGGGAGGGUUCUGCCCAUGAUUCAAAAGUGUUAAAUGAUGCAAUUUCAAGACCAAAUGGUCUUAAAGUUCCACCAGGAAAAUAUUAUUUGGGGGAUUGUGGAUUUGCAAAUCGGUGUCAAUUUUUAGCUCCUUUUCGAGGUACUCGGUAUCAUCUAAAGGAUUUUGGUGGUGAAGGAAAUCACCCUGUUAAUGCGGUUGAACUAUUCAAUCUUCGUCAUGCUUCUUUAAGGAAUGUGAUUGAACGGAUAUUUGGAAUAUUCAAGUCACGCUUCACAAUCUUCAAAACAGCACCUCCUUUCUCUUAUAAAACACAAGCAGAAUUAGUUUUGGCAUGUGCAGGAGUACAUAAUUUUCUUCGACGUGAAUGUCGAUCUGACGAAUUUCCUCCGGACCCAGAAGAAGACCCACCUAGCGAUGAUGAGGACAAUCUUGAAUGGGAUAAUUUUCAGACACAAGAUCAACAAAGGGAAAAGGCCAAUGAGUGGAGGAUGAAUCUUGCUACUCAAAUGUGGGAAGCUGCAGAAAAUGAAUAAUUUUGAUCCAUAGUUCAGUAGCACAAGACGUUUGUUCCCAUUUUGUGCAUUGAUGACUUUAUUUUUUUUUUCUUAUAAUUUUUUAAUGCUUAUGCUUGACCUCAUUCGGAAUAGAGAACAUUAGCUAUUAUAUUUGACAUUAUUUGUCAUAUUUUCUAUGUAGCGAUUCUUAUUUAUUAAAGUUUGAUUUGCUUUGUUAAA